AUGCGGGCGAAGAGGCGGCAGACGACAAGUAGUGCUGACGACGCCGGAGGCGUGGAAGUUGGGACAACAGGAGGCGCCAAGGAAGCUAGUGGCAAGGCAGGCGGUCAAGCAUUGCGCCAGAAGGGCCGACCCGCAGCAAGAAAAACAUCCGGCGGAAGGAGAGGCAAGAAAGCAGCGACGGGGACGAGGCAGAAACGGGGCGAUGAAGACCCUGGUGAUGCGGAGGAGGAGGGGGAUGAGGAGGAGGAUGCGGAGGAAGAGGAGGAUGAAGAGGAUGCGGAGGAGGAUGACGCGGAUGUUGGGGAGGAUGAAAAAGAUGAGAAUGAUGGCGGGGAGGACGAAGAGGAGGAGGAGGAUGAGGAGGAGGAGGAGGAGGAGGAGGAGGAGGAGGAGGAGGAGGAGGAGGAGGAGGAGGAUGAGGAGGAGGAGCAGGAGGCAGAGGAGGAGGAGGAGGAGGAGGAGGAGGAGGAACAGGGUGACGACGAGGAGGAGGAUGAGGAGGAGGAGGAGGCAGCAGAGGAGGAGGAGGAGGAGGAGGAGGAGGAGGAGGAGGAGGAGGGUGAGACGAGGAGGAGGGUGACGACGAGGAGGAGGAUGAGGAGGAGGAGGAGGCAGCAGAGGAGGAGGAGGAGGAGGAGGAGGAGGAGGAGGAGGAGGAGGAGGAGGAGGAGGAGGAGGAGGAGGAUGAGGAUGUGGCGCCAGUGA